CCGGGCCGCCGCCGCCGCUGCUGCUGCGUGUGUGUGUACCUCGUAUAGUGUGUUGCCGCCGCCACUCCGUGUUCCGGUGAUUCUUCCGGUGCGGUCCGUGUUUCUACUCGGGCACAGCCAUCCACUGCUGUCUCUGCGUAGCACCUAGAUAAAAGUACUGAAGAACUAGCAAGGAGACAGGCAUAUACAUAUAUAAAAGCGUUGACAUAGCGAUAGAGAAAGUGAAAUCUGGAAAAGGCCGUAAGUGGCAGGGAGGCCGCGCCCACAAUGCUCUAGCAGCGAGACGGCUCAACAAAGUUAUCGACUAUACCGCCACCAGUGCUACUUCCGCCACCCCCUAACACCACCGCCACCACCACCACCAACCUCAACACCACCAUCACGCACACCACCACAACCUCUCCGUCCCCCCCUCCCCCCUCGAGCCUCCGCCAAGCCUCCUAUACCGCCUUACUGAGGUACUCGUGCGGGGCGCGGUCUGGUAGGAUCCCCCAGGAACCACCAGGAUGCUAUCGUCCUGUUGGUUCACCACGCCCUUCACAGGAUGCUUCACCACUGCCAUCAAAGGUGGCGUUGGCAGCGGUAUGCAGGAGGGCGGGGACGGCGAGCAACGAGUCCGUGUUAGUCAGUCGGAGGAACGCAGCCGCCGCUUCCUACAACCAUCACACCGCAGUCGUUCCGAGGGGCCCCUAGGCAGAGACCUAGAUGAUGAUAGUUUUCUUGUAUCAGAGUACAAGACCCAAUUCGCCUGGGUCAGGAGGACACCCUCCGCCAGGGGCCCUGAGGCCGCCCCUCUCCUCGAGGUGGAAAAGCCGCCGCAGUCAACGAAGAACCAGGUGAACGCCAACGGGGUGGCCGGAGGAGCAUCAGGAGGCGCAGGACGUGCCGCACCCUCUAGUGACACUCAACCUGCCAUCGAUCAGCAACUGCCACGUACGCCGCGUAAGUCCAAGUCGAUGGGUCGCAUUCACGGUGGAGGAAAUGGGCCGGAGGUAGGAGAAGGUGCAGCUGGUGGCCCUGAGGCAGCCAGCGGCAUUCAGCAGCAGCAGCAGCAGCAGCAGCAGCAGCAAGGUGGCAACCAGGAGGGCCAGCAAGACCAGGCACCACCAGCUCGCACCGACGCUGCAGGGACAACCCCGGCUUGGCAUCCGGGCCACCGCCGCACACCCUCUGACGGAGUAGCAUGGCGACACUCCAAAGGGCUUGAGGCAGAUCGUAUUAUUGGUGGUGAAAUGUUGGGUUCUGGUGAAGAUGAUAAACUUUAUAAAAGGGCAUAUAAAUCUGAGUAUCGCAAGAAGUUCCGUCCAUUCUCACAGUACCAAUAUGUGGACGGUAGAUUCCAUAAAGUAAAGACUGACGAUUCAUCAACAUCAGCAACAGCAGCAGCAACAGGAAGUGGAGGUGGUGGCGGUGGCGGAAGCGAGUCUCCAAACAAUUGGUACAAGGAGGUUAUUGAGCUUCGCCGCCAGGCUGGGCAGUAUCGGGCGAGGCACGAUAUUGGUGACGUGUGGCGGACAGUGCAGCAUCGGGGCUGGGGUGUGGAGACUGCAUCUGAGCGCUUGGCAGAAAUUUACAGCAAGCAAGCAGAGCUGUGGGAGCAGGUAUCUCGUCGAUCAUCCCUCCAGGCGCUCUCUUUGGCGUCGGCUUCCCCAAGUAGGCCAAUCAGCAAGGCAGAGAAGGAGAUUGAGAACUCAAGAAGGUCAUCUCCAAUCAAGCAUGUUAGCAAGUCCUCCCGUGAACGUCCCAGUACUGCACCGCCCAAGCCCAAACCUGCUGCUGUGCACACACAAAAACCUUCAGACAAGACAGAGGGAAAGACUUCCAAGGAAUCAACACCACGUCACCACUAUGAGAGAACUACAGGGACUACAGAGGAGGGUCUUUUGAUCACUUCGCCAUCACGUGACAAGCUUGAACCAUUCAUCCCCGAUGAUUGGUCCUCCCGCCGUUCAUCACGAAGGACUCCUCCAAUUACAAGCCCUAUGAAAGAUGACUCCAGCAGACGAAGGUCGUACCGAGCCUCCUCCGCUGCAAGGCCUCCCCCCACCAAGGACUGUAGGUCCUCUGUAGGAGGUCGUUCAGUCAGUGUUGGUCCUGAAAAUCGGUCUCCAAAACGAACUUCCCGCCCACCGUCUACGCAUGCAACAGCACCCGCUACCAAGCCUGAGCGACGUCCAAGACCUACGUCCCUCUCCACUAGUGCUCGUCGCAAGGGUACAGACGCUUUGCCCCACCGCCCCUCCUCCCAUGAUGAGGGUAGAGAGCCUAAGAAAGCCACUAAAGCUAAGCCUCAUGACCCCACUGCUUCGCCUAAGAAGGGUGAGGACAAGAGCAAAGUGGAGAAAAAACAUAUUAGUGAAGAAACUGACUCCAAAAAGGAUAAAGAAAAGGAAAUCUUACCCAAAGAUGGGCCUAAAGAUAUCAUGAAGGAUCUUGCACCAAAGGAUGGUUCUAAGGAACCUGUGGAAGCUGUUAAAGAAUCAACUGCAAGAAAAUCUACCCCAGAACCUCGAUUUGACCCAGAGAAGUACGAACCUGUGGUAAAAACCCCACCUGAGCCAACUCGGGUCAAGUCGCCUGAUCAGGUUGGUAAAUGGGUUAUGGUAAAAAGUCCAGAUCCAGUAAAUUGGACUGUUCCUCUAGACACUGGCAAGACGUUUACUGUUACGCACAAUAUCCCUGAAGCCACUCACUGUUUGAGAAUACCAAGAGGUGAAUCAGCACGUGGAACUCCUUCCUCUGAGUAUCGCCAUGUGUUGGAAUCCCGGACGCGACAAACGCCUGAACCUACUAAGAUAAGCCAGGGAUCACUCGCUGGCACACCCGUGUCCUCCAUUGCAUCCGAAGCAAAGUCCCAUUCUCAGGAGCAACCUAAGCCUACCACUGCCACAACUCUAGAGUCUAAGGUUGAUGACAAAACUGAUGAAAAGAAACCAGCACCUAAACCAAUUGAAGCAAAAUCUCAGGAAUCAGAGAUCUCUGAAAGUAAGAUUCCUGAAGGAAAAAUCAUAGAUGGAGAUAGUUUUAAUUCUAAGUUAGAUGCCAAAGCUGAAACUAAGCCUUAUGAUAUAAAGAAAGAUACUAAAUUAACUGAAGUUAAAGAAGAGCCAAAACUCGCUGAUUCAAAAGAACUGGAGACAAAACCAUUAGAAGCUAAGGUACAAGAAACAGAACCCUUAGAAUCAAAGACACCAGAGGUAAAAUCAAGUGAACCUCCAGUGUCAGAACCUGCAUCAGUUCUGUCUAUGUUUAGUGAGCCAAAGGCAUCUGAAGUUAAGGAUCCUGAGCCCAAGAAGUUAGAACCAGUUACUGAAUUCAAGAAAGCUGAGCCAACUCAUGAAACUAAACCAUUCCAGUCUCAGCCCUUACAGCAGCAGCAGCAACUUCCUCUGAGCCCACCUGCAACAAAAAAACCUUCACCCAUGGACAUUGUCCCUCCUUCAGGUGCGGUUGACUCUAUGACAAUGUCCAUGUUUGGCUCCCUCAAUGGCAUGAAUGGCAAGAGUUCAGGGACACCAUCUCCUACCAAGCCUGAAGUGCCCCUUCUGUCUUCUGAUCCAGUCAAGGAUGUGUGCGCUCCUGAAUCAAAGCCUGUCAGUGUUCGUAACAUCCCUGGCACUAAUCUAAGGUGCCUUGAUGAUCCUUCAUUUAUGUUUGACCAGCCCUCUCCACCUACUACCAAUUCUCCUAAAUCUGGAACAUACAAAGUUCUGGAAGCUCCAGUGGAGCCUCAGCAGUCCAAGAGUGGAGGCUAUCGUGUAUUAGAAGCCCCAGAAGCCCCUUCAGAUAUUAAGGAUCUUCCUGACCAGUCUCCCACUAAACCAGAGGCCCCAAUCAAACCAUCUCCAUACAGGGUACUUGAGGCACCUAUUGAUACCCCUGCUAGGUCUAAAGGCUCACCAUAUCGUGUACUUGAGGCACCUGAUGCCCCUUACUAUCCCCAAACUCAAAGCGUUGGUGAAGUUCAAGAGUCAAAACCCCCAUCUCUAGUCUCUCCGGCUUCUGGUAGGACGGUAUCUGAUGCACUUGAUAAAGCUCGCACUCGUUUUGAUUCCUUCUGGGGGGGACCAAAAGAUAAAGAUCCCCCAAGCAAAGUCUAGGUGCCCAAAUUCUUUAGCCAUAUUCUAAUUACAAUUGAGGUAUUCAUGAAGAUGGAUUACUUUUUAUCCAAAGUACUAUCCUAAGUUAUUGGCAGUAGUAUCUAUUUUGUAAUGCAUCUUCAUGGGUAUUUUAAACUUCCAAAGAUGAGCUGUUAGGACAAUUACUUGCAAAUUUUGAAGAUACGAGUUACUGCCAACUUUAAUGGUCUCACGUUGAUUGCGAGACCAUAGAUAACAGCACAUCUGAGGUAUAAUCAAUUGAGAAAACCCACAGGUUGUCAAUUCAGCCAGAUGUUUAAUCGCAAUACUCAUACUAUUUUUGUUAGUUGUCAUAGAUGCUAUUUAACUCUCUCCAGACUUCACUCAAGGCUACGCAGUACUGUAUAGUAUUUCCUGUGGGUUUUUCUAAUACGAAGCACUUGCUAGUAGGCUAAGAAUGUGAGAUUGUUUAUAAUAUGACCUAUAAGGUAAACUUUAGUUUCUAUGUUUAGCUUUUAUUGAAAAUGUGAGAAUGAGAGGCAAGCCAGAGUUAUGAUGUUUGCAGGGAAUGCCAAGUCAGACCAGAGAUUCACACAUCUACAUACAUGAAUGUUGAAUACUCUAAUGUUAUUAUUCAGAUGACACCUCUCUAUUAUCCUGAUCUAUAACAUAACUUCUCUUAUUACACCCCACAUAGUUUAGGAGUGUACCCUUUAUCCAGAUUUUUUUUUAUAAUCAUAAAAAGCUUGUAACUAUAAUACACAGCAUUUUAUUUAUACUGAAUGAACAAAUUGGUUCUGACAGGCAUUGUUUCCAUUUCAUAUUUUACAUGAAAUUUAAUUUAAGCAUUGCUUCACAUUACUUGUGAAGAAAUUAAAUUAUAAAGUUGUUUAAUGAGUUGUUUAGAUACAAAUUUGUAAUUUAUUAAAAUAUAUAUAUAAAAUAAUCUUACUUCAAGCAGUUAUAGGUAAAUUUCAGAUUAAUAUUUGAUAACCCAUAUUCAUUGGUACUGCUCAUAAGCUAAUUUUAGUUACCAUUGGCAAGGAAUCUAAGUAAAACUAGGGGAUGUUUAUCUAUCGAGUUAGUGGAUCAUGAGUUGCAAAUAUGGAGCAGAGUAAUUCUCUGGUAAUGGAACUUGCCUUCCUUUGAUAAAGUGAAUAGCUUUUUACUUGAAUAAGAAAACACGUGAUCACAAGCAGGAACUUCGGUCAAACUUGGCAUUUCAUCCCAGCCUUAAUUCUUAUGCCUAUACACAAUUCAUUAGGAAUCUUGAGGUAGUGAUCCUUGGGUCUCAUUUAUAAGGCAUCAUACAGGGAAACAAUGGUGCGAUAUUUAAGCACGUUAUGAAUUAUUCUUGAUUAUUCAGUCUGUCAUAUUUUCCCAUUGUGUAUUUUUUUUUUUUCAAUAACUUACUGUACAUCAUUUAUUUUUCUUAAAAUCAUACCAAAGAAAAAUAUUACAGACUAUUAGGUGUUAAUAAGGUGAUACAAGAACUCUUGUUCCCCCCCUCUGAAAACUGCCAAUGGUUUGAGCAUAUAGUUUUGAAUGGUAAAGCUGUUUAUAUUGUUAUAAUUAGUAUAGUGUUGGCUAAUCAUUGUACUGGGCUGAUUGGUUUCUGGCAAAGUUCACCAUUACUGUUUGUCCCAUGGUGAGGAUUAUUUAGACAAUUUCAUUACAGCUUAUUUUUGUAUUAUUUUGAGGUUUCCUCAUCUUACAUAACAUUCCAACAAAUGUUAAGAAGUAUUGUAUAGCUAAGUUAUGACAUUAAAUAUUUGAUUUCCAUAAAUAUUUUUGUAUUGUGCUCUGCUCAGGUCAGCAAUAUUGACUUUGGGUUAACAUCAAACUAUAAAUACUUUUAUUUGAAAUUGAUAAAAAAUAUAAUUUUAGAGAUUUGAUGUACCAAAAAUUUCAAAAUUGCUGAUUUAUGACAUUAGCUGUGAUUUUUUUUUUCUUCCUUUUAAGGUGAAAGGGCUGUCAGCUUUUUGGAAAUCCCAAUGAAGACUAAAUUACUCUUCAGACAUCACAUUUAGUUCUGUCCUUUUCUAUAGUUUCAAAAGAGCAUCUUCAGUUUCUAAAGUUGAAGAAAUGCUUUGUUGAAAUAAUCACAUUACUCAUUGAUAUUUGAGUUUACCCACCAAUUUUUUUACAAUUCUUAAUGAUUCAGAAAGUUGCAAGUUAAUUAGUCUUCACUAAGGGUCAAAAAAUGCUGCUGUAGUUAUGACUGUCACCAUGGGGCGUCACUACUCUCCAUCACAGAUGCCGUUAAUGCUUCUAGUCAAAAUUUCUCGCAUAAGUUUACAGGUGUCGGCGUCUGAUACUGCUUACCCCCACACUCGUUUAUGGUGACAUUCUUAGCAGCAAGACAUACAUUAGUUAUUUAGGACAAAUUUUCUAACCUGAUAUGACAGUGGGGAAGUACUUAAAUUAAGAGUCCCUGUGGUUAUUAAACUGAUUGAGGGAAUAAAUUUAUUAAUUUGGCAGCUAAAUGUUCAUCAUGUCUUGUAAGAAUCCUUUCAUAGAAAGUAAAAAUGAUUCAUUCUUAGGUUUCAGAUUUAGUGAAUGUCAUAUAAGGUUUGAGAAACUUCAAAUCUAAAGGAGUUGAGAGGUGAGCAUCAUCAUGACUGGACCCUCUAAGUUGUGAAUCUGAUCUUGCUGUAUGUACCUAUAGCACAGAACUUACAUUAAAUGUACAGCUUCA